AUGAUGGCAGAUAUAUUCGACAAGCUGCAGCCUAUAGUUGAUCGUUACCGGUCCAUUGAAGAUGAGAUGGGACAACCCGACGUGGCCGCCGACUAUGCCAGGCUGCGCGAGCUGAACCGCGAACGAUCGGGCCUGGAAGAGUUGGCUGGCAUCGACAGCCAGCACCGCAAGUUUUUUGAAGAACGAGCCGACCUGAGGGCCCUGGUUGGCGAGGGCGGCGACCCGGAACUGGUGGAGAUGGCCCAGUUGGAGCUCGAAGAGGUCGACCGGCGCAUCUCCGAGCUGGCCCAACGGUUGAAGAUCGCCCUGCUUCCGAAAGACCCGAACGACGAGCGGGACGUCAUAGUGGAGAUCCACGCCGCGGCGGGAGGCGAAGAAGCCUCGCUGUUCGCCGGCGACCUCUACCGGAUGUACCAGCGCUUCUCCCUGGAGCAGGGCUGGGCGGUGGAGAUAAUGGCCUCCAACCCGUCGGACCGGGGCGGAUUCAGCCGCAUCGCUUUCUCCGUCGAUGGGAAAAACGCCUUCAGCCGACUGAAGUUUGAAGCCGGUGUGCACCGGGUACAGCGGGUUCCCGAAACCGAAACCCAGGGCCGCAUCCACACUUCCACGGUGACGGUGGCGGUAUUGCCCCAAGUCGACGAGGUCGAGGUGGACAUCAAGGAAGACGAACUGCGCAUCGACAUCUUCCAUGCCGGAGGACACGGCGGGCAGAACGUCAACAAGGUCGCCACUGCCGUCCGCAUCGUGCACGAGCCCUCCGGCGUGGUGGUGGUCUGCCAGGACGAACGGUCUCAGUACAAGAACAAGUCCAAGGCCAUGACCAUACUGCGCAGCCGGUUGUACGCGGCGGAGCAGGAGCGCUACCAGGCCGCCAUUUCCACCAGCCGCAAGGCGCAGAUUGGCAGCGGUGACCGCAGCGAAAAAAUCCGCACCUACAACUACCCGCAGGACCGUAUCACGGACCACCGGGUCGGGCUGUCGGUCCACGGCGUUCAGCGUCUGAUGGACGGAGGCCUUGGCGACAUCAUUGAUCGCCUGAUUGUCGCCGACCAGGAGCGGGCCCUGGCCAGCGUGUCCGCCUGA